AGUGAAUGAGACACAUCUCAGAGGCUGUUUAGAAUUAUAAUUCCAUUCCUGAUGUAAAAGGAUUUGGAUUGAGUUCGUCAGAAUUUGAACGUGAAAUGUGAGAUUUAAGAUUCUGGGCGGUGCAUCUAAACUCCGCCUCUAUAGAGUGAGUUCUCUGUCAGGUCCUCUCCAGCUGCAUAUAAAGAGGUGGAGCGACCCUGAUGCUUUUCAUUGUAUUUCAAGAGCUGAGAAAAUAAUGUCUGGACGCGGCAAAGGAGGAAAAGGAUUGGGGAAAGGAGGCGCCAAGCGGCACAGGAAGGUGCUCAGGGACAACAUCCAGGGUAUCACCAAGCCCGCCAUCCGCCGCCUGGCACGGAGAGGGGGAGUCAAGCGCAUCUCUGGCCUCAUCUAUGAGGAGACUCGUGGGGUCCUCAAGGUUUUCCUGGAGAAUGUCAUCCGGGACGCCGUCACCUACACCGAGCACGCCAAGAGGAAGACCGUUACCGCCAUGGAUGUGGUGUACGCUCUCAAGCGCCAGGGCCGCACUCUCUACGGCUUCGGCGGAUAAAUCUCUUCCUUCCCACUAAUCUUAUACCCAAAGGCUCUUUUCAGAGCCGC